AGGUGCUUCUCCUGGUCUCCCAUGGGGUCCAGGGCCCAAGGACUUGGGCCAUCCUCCAUUGCACUCCCUGGCCACAGCAGAGAGCUGGCCUGGAAGAGGGGCAACCGGGACAGAAUCUGGCGCCCCAACCGGGACUAGAACCCGGUGUGCCGGCGCCGCAAGGCGGAGGAUUAGCCUAGUGAGCUGUGGCGCCGGCCACAACAUUUUUUUUAAAGAGACCCUAUUCUCUACAGAUUAAUCUCUGUAUAGAUUUAGUUAACCUCCAAGCCAAAUCCCAAUAUUUCACCUGGAACUUAUGAACUGAAUAGAAAUGUAUGCUGGUGCUCUGGUUUAGUGGGUAAAGCCACUGCCUGCAGUGCCUGCAUCCCAUGUGGGUGCCAAUUUGAGUCCUGACUGCUCCACUUCUGAUCCAGCUCUGCUGUGGCCUGGGAAAGCAGUAGAAGAUGGCCCAAGUCCUUGGACCCCUGCAUCUUCAUGGGAGACCGAGAAGAAACUCCUGGCUUUGGAUCUGCACAGUUCUGGCUGUUGCAGCCAAUUGGAUCUCUUCCUCACUCUACACACACACAAACCAUUUUAAACGUUCUUAAACCUUAUAACUUCUUAUGUACAAAAUAUAGGUGAAAUUGUGAUUGAGAGUAUAGAUGAGCUGUAUUUAAAACAUAUAGCCGAAUGUCUUCCUGGUCCUCUUAUUUAAAAAAGACUUUUUAACUUGAAACAAACUAUAAAAGAUAACCAUGAAAGAAAAUAAGUUGCCCCGGUUGCCCCUCUUCCAGGCCAGCUCUCUGCUAUGGCCAGGGAGUGCAGUGGAGGAUGGCCCAGGUGCUUGGGCCCUGCGCCCCAUGGGAGACCAGGAAAAGCACCUGGAUCCUGGCUCCUGCCAUAGGAUCAGCGCGGUGCGCCGGCUGCAGCAGCGGCCAUUGGAGGGUGAACCAACGGCAAAGGAAGACCUUUCUCUCUCUCUCUCUCACUGUCCACUCUGCCUGUCAAAAAAAAAAAAAAAAAAAGAAAAUAAGUUGCACUGUUAAGUUUUAAAUUCAGAACUUUCGUUCAUCACAAGACAUAAUAAAGAAAGCCCCUGUACUGUCUAUGAAAAGAUAGUAUUUGUAACAUUUAUAAUCAGUAAUGGUAUACAGAAAUUCUAUAAACCUGUAAGACAAAAACAGGAGAAAAAUGAGCAAAAGACUGGGAUAUCUUCCACAUUAGAAGUAAAUAUGUGCAAAUAAAUAUCAAGAGAUUUUUAUUUUUGUUUAUAAACAGGGAAAUCAAGGCUAUCAUGAUGUGUUUAAAUUCCUUUGGCAAAAAUUGAGAAACCCAGCACAAGUCAAGUUUUAGAGAUUUUAAUCAAUAGGACCACUUAGGUAUGCUGCCAGCUGUGUCAGCUGGCAUAGCCAAUGUGAAAUCCUCCAUACUGCGGUCAGUUGUAUGUCCUCUGAAAAACUACUCAUCUGCAAAGUUGAACAUUUGUGUGUGGACCAGCAGCUCCACUUCCAGCUGUAUGCUCAACAGAGGUACUUGUAGAAAGUACCCCAGAAUAUAUAGAUAAGAAUAUUCUAGGUGGGAGCAGGGAAUCAAAUGUCAAUCUAAGGGAAGAGAACCUGGCAGAAACAUGAAGGAAUGUCACCUACAUGCAGCACACUUAGGAACACGGAUGGAGAAAAGCAGCUCCAAAGGAAGCUGUGCUUCUGUGUAGGGAUAUGUAUAUGAAUGUGUUAAAACUAAUAAAAACAAGUAGGAAUGAAUUUCAGGAUAGUAAUUACUUCUAAUGUGGGAGAAUUGAGAAGGGUGUAGCAAACUGGAAGUCAGUCACUGUUAAUGUUCCAGCUGCCUGAUUGGUGGGUUUAUGGCAAUUUGUCAUUAAAAGUAAAUACUGUCAUGAAUGAAUGAAGAGUCACGUGGGCCAUUGGUGUUGUGUGAUGGACCAACCUAAAUAUACUUUUCAGCUCCUGCAUUCCAGAACAUUAAAUAUAUAUAUGACAGGACUUUUGAAGUAUUAGAUUUUGCAGCGAGGAAAGGGAAGAAAGUUGGAUCUGAGUCCUAGUCUUUUGAACUAUUGUAAUUUGUUGAGGAAAUCUAUGGAAGGAACAAAUUCGGGUAUGCAUGAAAGGGAGACAGGGAUUUAGUGUUUGACACACUGAAGGAUAUGCACAUGAUGCACCAAAGUGGGUAUAAUAAAUAGUACUGGGUAAACAAGUCUAAAUUCAACAGUAAAGUCAGCCCAGGGGAUAAAUUUGGGAGUAGUUAGCCAUGGGACCAGAUGGGAGCUUCAGGGUUACUCUGGAGACAAGUACAGCACUGAAUCCUGAGUUACUAUGACAACGAGAGAAAAAGAGUUCACAGAGAUGGAGGAGGAGCCCUUAGGCAGCAAAGCAAAAGAGAAGGAAGAAUUAGUGUGAUAGUUAACUUAGGCUCAGGAUAGUAUUUCUAAAGGGAGUUAAGUCGGGAAUUUUACCAAUUUAAAACACUCGUGGAUAGUUUUUUUAAGGUCCCCAAGCGGGUGCACCAUUCCUGGAGGUGCAGCAAUGCCAGGUCCAUGUGUGGCCACAGGAAACUCCUAUUCCACCUCCCUGCUCCAAAAAUGCCUUUACUAUAUUGUCCUCAGAUCGAGGAUGUAUGAGAUAGUAAAGUGAUGAGAAUGUACAGGUACAAUGCUUAACCUUGGCCAGAAGGCCCAGAGGUGACUGAUUUUUGGAAGUGUUUCUGUGAAUAGAUUUAGAGCUGAGGAGAGGCUGGCUCUGGAUUGGGGUUUGCAUGGGAGACCUUCAUUCUGGCCCAGGCUUGCAGAGGACAGGCAAGUCAGGCAGAUCACUCCUCCUCUCUGGCCUCUGCUGUAAAGGCUGGCUGGAUGUUCUCCUUGGUCUCCCCCAGCUCUGUGAUAAUCAUGGCCCUGACUAUGUAUAGUAUAAGAUAGCAUCUAGAUUGGAAGAACAAAAUUUAUUUUCUGAACACUGGGUUUUAGUCCUUGAUGGGGUGCAGAACGUCCAGCCCACAGGCUGUGUGAGGCCCACGAACUCAUUUGGUCUGGUCCAAUACAUCUAUGUAACAGGCCGAUUUUUACGUUGACAAUUUUGUAUGUCCCCAAAUGAUGCGAUAAGUAUCCAAAUGACCCUCGGCAGAAGAAAAGGUUCCACACCCUUGCAGCUUGCAACCGCUGCCUACCCCCUCACUCAUCACCAGGAAAUCAGUCCUUUGUGGUUUGGUAUUGUGCAUCUAUGGUCUAAAUAGGUCUCUCUCUGCUUUUAUUCAGAGGUCUUGUCUUUGUAAAGUUUUCUCUUUAAAAUAUUUAUUUAUUUGAAAAGCAGAGUUAGGGAGAGAAAGAGCUUCUAUCUGCUGGUUCAUUUUCUCAAUUGCUACAAUAGCCACAUCUGUGCCAAGCCAAGGCCAGGAGCCAGGAACUCCAUCCUGGUCUCCAAAUGGGUGGCACAGACCUGAGUACUUGGGCCAUCAUUUGUUACCUUGCUGUGUGUGAGCCAGAAGCUCCAACAGAAGUGGAGCAGCCGGGUCUCAAACCAGCCCUCCAAUAUCGGAUGCCGCUUUGCAAGUGGCAGUUCAAGCCACUGUACUACUACACCAGCCCCUCCAAAAGUUAUUUUAGUGUGUUUUUCUCUAGAUAAAAUGUUUCUAUUAUGAGACACAAUGUUUAAAAAGAAGGGCUCUGUCACUCUGCCUUUCAAGUAAAUAAAUCUUUCUUAAAAAUAGACAAGAGUCCAACACAGAACGAAUUUGUAUUUGUGUUUAACUUCUGUGCUAGAAAGUAGUUGUUCAUUUUCUCUGUAGAAUGCAGUACAGUUGCCACCUAGCAGAUGAUAUGCAGACAUACCUGUACCAUUCAAUGUUUGUGGAGGUGCUAUUUUAGGGGGGGGAUACAGCACGAAAGACAAGGUCCCAGGACUCACAGCUCCGAGUCUAGUGAGAAAUUUACACAUUUUAAAAGGUGGGAGAGGGGAGGGCUCUAUGGAUACUUAGAAAGGACUGGAGAAGGAACAGAUAACUACAGUAAUUCUUCCUAAUCCACAGCUUCACCUUCUGCCGUCUGUUAUGCACAGCUGCUAUCUGAAAAUAUUAAGCAGAAAUUUCCAGAAAUAAUUUAUCCAGCUCUCUGCUAUGGCCUGGGAAAGCAGAAGAUGGCCCAGACACUUGGGCCCCUGUACCCAUAUGGAAGACCCAGAGGAGGCUCCUGGCUCCUGGCUUUGGAUCCACACAGCUCCAGCCAUUGUGGCCAUUUGGGGAGUGAACCAGCAUAUGGAAGACCUUUCUUUCUGUUUCUCCCUCUCAUUGUAACUCUCUCUCUCAAAUAGAUAAAUAAAAUCUUUAAAAAAAGAUUAUAUUGCUUUGGUAUAAUAAUGGUUUUGAUGUUGGUGGGAGAAUGGCUUUAUUGUUAGGAGAUACACAUUGGGUUAAUUAGGGGUGCCAUGUCAAGAUCUCAGCAACUUGUUUCCAAAUGACUCAACCAAAAAAAAGACAUUGAUUUCUCAAGAGAGAAAAGGCAAAAGUGUCAAAAUAAUAUUAGUAAAUUUAAAUGAGGAAUGUAUGGCUACUUCAUGAUACUGUUUCAGUUUUCUAUAAUUUCAUAAUUCUUAUUAAAAUAAAAAACUGAGAAAAAGCAAAGAAAAGGGUUAAAAAGGUAGUUUAAUUUCCUAAUUGUAUUCUUCUUAGGCUAUUAAUAAAUUAUAGCUAAGUAGUAAAAACAAAGCAUUUAUUUGGGUAUAGCUUUAUAGUUAGAAGUGAAACUAUCUCAUAGUGAACUAUAUGUUUAGUUGUAAGGAUUAUUAAAUUUGUAAUGCAGUUUUUAUUGCUUGUUAGAAGGACUUCUCAUGGACUUUCAAUGGAAAUAAAUUCUGGAGGAAAUAAAACUAGGAGUGUAUCGAGGAAUGGAAGUUUACACUUACAUUUUGGAAAGAUCACCUUUGAGAAUUAGCCAUGUCCCUGGCCCUGGUCGAUGGCUGAAGACAUGCCGCACUCCCCUGCAAAGAAGAUGAAGGUUUUCAGGAGCACGCGGAGACUCUGAGCCGGGAGGACAGCACUUCCUGGAGUCUGACGACUCUUGUUUUAUGAGGAAGGGGCAUCAGGACCCCGGCGCCAUGGAGGUGAUCGGCGAACACGAGGCUCUGCAGCAGUUCUUUGAAGCCCAGGGAGCAAGCAGCACACUGGAAAAUCCUGCCCUGGACACAAGUCUGCUGGAGGAGUUCUUGGGCAAUGAUUUUGAUUUGGGGGCUCUGCAAGGCCAGCUCCCUGACAGCCCACCCUACUCCGCAUCAGACUCAUGCUCCCCUCCGCAGGGCAAAGAUGCCUGCCACGGGACCCUGAGGACCACACCUGGCCGGGCCCCAGCUGCCUUUCCCCACAGCACAGCUGCUCCCCGGAUGCUGCCGGCGCACCCUCCACAGAGCGUGGCUGCCGUGAGCUACGCCUGCCAGACCCACGGCGGCUUUCACACCUGCUGUCCCGACACCGGCCACCCUGCCCCUCCACCGGACCAGUGCGCGCCCUCGCAUCUGGGGCUAAGUUGUUCUCACCAUCAGCAAACGCUGUGCCACAUCCCUGGAACCUCCCUGCCCCCCAGCAAGAAGAGGAAGCACACACAGGCACUGGAGGGCCCCGAGGACUGCCGAGUGUGGCCACACUACUCCAGACCAAUGACAAGUAGGAGUCACAGCGGCGACAUUCAAGACCACGACGGUGAGGGACACAAUGGGACACCUGUGGACCAGUGCUCCCCUGCUCUGAAGUGGCAGCCCUACCAAAGUGUUCCUUGGCACAGCUUGUUAAACAGUCACUAUGAAAAACUACCUGAUGUGGGCUAUCGAGUUAUCACAGACAAAGGAUUUAAUUUUUCACCAGCAGAUGAAGCUUUUGUUUGCCAAAAGAAGAACCAUUUUCAGAUAACCAUCCACGUCCAAGUUUGGGGGAAUCCAAAAUUUGUGAAAACCCAAAUGGGCCUAAAGCCAAUAGAAAUGUUUUACUUAAAAGCUUUUGGAAUUAAGGCAGAAGCCACCAAUCAAAUAAUUGCUAUUGAACAGUCCCAAGCAGAUAGAAGCAAAAAGAUUUUCAAUCCUGUUAGAAUCGACCUCCUGGCCGACCAGGUCACCAAAGUAACGCUGGGACGAUUACACUUCAGCGAAACCACAGCAAAUAACAUGAGAAAGAAGGGGAAACCAAAUCCUGACCAGAGAUACUUCAUGUUGGUGGUUGGACUGUAUGCUGCUAACCAAGACCAGUUCUAUCUGUUGUCUGCCCACAUCUCUGAGAGGAUCAUUGUAAGGGCCUCUAACCCAGGGCAAUUUGAAAAUGACAGUGAUGCAUUAUGGCAGCGAGGACAAGUCCCAGAGUCUGUCGUCUGUCACGGUCGAGUAGGAAUAAACACAGAUGCGCCGGAUGAAGCCCUGGUUGUCUGUGGCAACAUGAAAGUGAUGGGGACGAUCCUGCAUCCCUCUGACAGCCGUGCAAAGCAGAAUGUCCAGGAGGUUGACACAAAUGAACAGCUGAGAAGAAUAGCCCAGAUGAGGAUUGUUGAAUACGAAUACAAGCCUGAAUUUGCAUCUGCGAUGGGAAUAAACACUGCUCAUCAAACAGGAAUGAUUGCCCAGGAGGUGCAGGAGAUCCUGCCUGGAGCCGUCAGAGAGGUUGGCAGUGUCACCUGUGAGAAUGGAGAGACGCUGGAGAACUUCCUCAUGGUCGAUAAGGACCAGAUCUUUAUGGAAAAUGUAGGUGCGGUGAAGCAGCUCUGCAAACUAACCAACAACCUUGAAGAAAGAAUAGAAGAGUUAGAGAUAUGGAACAAAAGGCUGGCCAGGCUGAAGCGCCUCAACAGUUGGAAGUCCUCAGUCAGUGAAGCGAGUUCAAGCAGCAAAUUUAGCAGAACCGUUAGUGCAUCUUCUCGAAGAAAGACCAUUUCCAAAAAUGCCAAUAAGGUUUAUUUUUCAGGAAAAAGCCAGUCGUGUCCUCACUGGGUUUUCCAGACUUUGGUUAUCAGUCUGACAGCGGUAAUGGCCUUUUGUGCCUUGACAAUAGUCUCCCUUUACAUACUUAGCUUAAAAGAUCAAGACCGACAUGCCUCCAGUCUCCCUACGAGCAACAUCACAAGCUCUCAGGAGCCCGCGCUGCCAACCACCGGCUCCCCUGCAGCACCUCAUACAACCCUGGCAGCCACCCAGCCCAACUUGGAAGUCCCUGAGAUCACUUUCUGCACGAUCCUGCCAUGUCAGGAGACCAGCUGCUGCCCUGUCUGGGGAACACGAAGAGUCUCUCCAAGUGCUUUACAAGCCCAGUCCAAGGAGGAGACGGAAAACCAUCAGAGGCGUUGGGGAGAAGACAGAAACAAAUCAUUCCUGGCAAGAGAUACGCUCAGCAGACUUAACAGGGGGAGUGACUGGAUUGAUACAACCAUCAGUUCUAUUCAGAUUAUGGAAAUCCAGCAAAUAAUAGAUCAUCGGUACUGCAGUGAAAGCCUCCAGUGCGGGCCUGGAAACUAUAAUUACAAUAUUCCUGUUAAUAAGAAGACACCCACUAACGUCAAAUUCUCUCUAGAAAUCAACACAACAGAGCCGCUGAUAGUCUUCCAGUGCAAAUUCGUCCUUGGGAAUAUAUGUUUCCGUAGUAAAAUGGAAGCCAAAGCGAUCCAAAGCCUCGAAGUUUCCCAGGAGAUCACACAGGGAUAUCAGCACAUUUGGACCCUCCCUGUAGCUCCUUUCUUUGACAGCAAAUACCAUUUCCGUGUAGCUGCACCAGACUUAGCUGACUGCUCCACAGAUCCGUAUUUUGCUGGGAUAUUCUUCACAGAUUACUUCUUUCACUUCUAUCGACAUUGUACUUAAUUUAUUCAAGUUUAAGGACUUUAUCAAAGAAAAAGACUCAGAACGUGGUUAACAGGAACUUAUAUCCUCUUGCAACUUUUUCUAGCUGGAAGAACUUUAGCAAGCCUUGGCUUCCAACCGUUUUGAGACAUUAAUGAGGAGAAUAAAGUGUUUGCUGGAACUUGGGGUCAUGUGGUGUUUGAUUUUGUCGUGACUAUGAAGAAAACAUGUCCUGGAAUAAGCAGUAUCGUAGGAUUUGAGAAUACUGCUCCUGGUAUUAAGGAAGCUGUAAGAUCACAAUAAGCUCUGCACUGUCUUAAUAUAGUUCAUAGUUUUAGAGCGAAAAAGGCCAUGUCCAUUUGGACUCAGUCAGUGUAGGCUCUUAAAAAUGUGUCAUUUGGUGUAUGGGGGCUGGGAUGAGUAGGGUCUGAUGUUGGGCUCACAUUUAGACAAACGCUGUGUAUGUGUGUUUUGUAGAAUGUAGCCUGCUAAUCAAGCCGAUUGAAGAGUAAUUGUUGCAAGUGCUUUGUCUGUCUGAUGGACCCUAAACCUUCUGUGCAGGAAGGCUCUUCCCUUUUGAGAAGAUGGAAGCCCCUGUGCACCAGAGCCCAUUGAAAUCAUUCAGACUAACUAAUACCAAAUCUGCUUAUGGCAGUCCCUCAAUCAGUAGAAAAUGGACUUAAAAGAUAAGUUUAUUUUGGUGCAAAAUGUUGAAAUUCAUGCAUAGCUGUUUCAUAGUACACAUUCUCUGUGGCCUUUUAAAACAGAUUUAUUUAUUUGAAAGGCAGAGUUACAGACAAGGAGAGAGAGAGAAUCAGAGGUU